AUGCUCCGCCGUUCCUACCGUCGAUCCUCGCUGCCACGACGUCUUGUCCGUUUACUGCUCUAUUUUCUAUGCGCGCUCUUCGUCCUUGACCUCCUUACCAUACUGAAACACCACCGCGAGUUCAGUCGCAACCUGGUAUCACACACGUAUACCUCGACCGCCGUUCUCCCGACGCCUGUAAGGGACCAGAAGAUCUACAUCGUUGCGCAGUUUUGGACAAAUGCCCGCGUGAUAUCAGAGCGAUGGGGCCAGGCGCUUCUAGACCUGGUAGACGUUUUGGGCAAGGAAAAUGUUCAUGUGAGCAUCCUUGAAUCCGGAAGCCUGGACAACACCAAGGAGGUCCUCAAACAACUGGAUGAUAUACUGGUGCAGAACAACAUCCCCCAUGUCACAAUCCUAGAUCCGACCACACACGCUGAUGAGAUCAAUGCUGGGCCCCUCGAUUCCCAGGGCACUCCGCGUCAAGGCUGGAUACAGACCACAACUGUCGGGACGCAAUGGGGCAAGGAGCUACGAAGGAUUCCCUACCUUGCGCGAUUACGGAAUAGAGCUCUAGAUCCGCUCUUCAAAUCCCAUGAUGAGCAAGGCCAGAAAUUCGACAAGAUACUAUUCCUCAAUGACGUUGUGUUCCGACCGCAGGAUGUCCUCACACUUCUGGCAACAAAUCAAGGCUCUUUCUCUGCGGCGUGUGCACUCGACUUCCAUCUCCCACCUGCAUACUACGACACCUUUGCGCUCCGUGACUCCGAGGGACUUGGAACGAUCCAGACCACAUUUCCGUACUUCCGCGGCAUAGAUUCCCGUGAGACCAUGCUUAAGGGCAUGCCCACAAAAGUCUCGUCGUGCUGGAAUGGGAUGAUUGUGAUGGAUAGUGCUCCCUUCUACGAAGGUCUGCGAUUUCGUGCUCUUAGCGAUAGUCUCGCCUCAAAGCACCUCGAAGCAAGUGAGUGUUGCCUCAUACAUACGGACAUGAAUGUCACCAUCCCUGGAGCGGGGCAGAGGAUCUACGUCAACCCUUCCGUAAGGGUCGGGUACACUGUGGAUGCAUACAAUACUACACAUUCCGGUCCUGAGGAGAAUUUCGUGUCUGCUACGCAGUACGUCACAGGGCUCUGGACGAAUCGUCUCCGAAGGGUCGUCCUUCCACGAGAAACGAAGAGUAUGAAGGAAGUGACGAGGAAAAUGGCCAGAUGGGUGAAGGAAGGCGAGAACUCGUUGGAGAGACGUGAGGAAAAUGGUGCGAUUUGUGCCAUCGAUGAGCAGCACAUUCUCAUCUGGAAUGGCUGGAAACAUGUGUGA